AUGAGGUCCCAGGGAAGAGUAACUCAUGCUGGGUCACAGUCGGCUCAUGAACCCCACCUCGACCAUGGCACCCGUCGGAGAAGCAGAGAAAAAGCAGAAAAGCAGAAGGCAGAAGCGGAGAAGCAGAGAAAAGCAGAAAGGCAGAAGCAGAAGCGGAGAAGCAGAGAAAGCAAGAGCAAAAAGCAGAACCAGAGAAACGCUUCCUACCAGAGAGAACCAGCCAAAGACCUUCAGAGAACCGUGGAACCAUCGACGAACCGACGGGACCAGAGACAGACCUGUGAACCGGAGAACCAGAGAGGGAACUUCUGGGGGGAAAGGGAGAACCAGACAAGUGACGAGAGAAAUGGAGAGCCAAAGAGAGACGUCAGAACCAAGAUUAAAAAAAAACGACCCAAGAACCCAAGAACCAAAAAGAACCCAGAACCAGAGACCAUGAGAACCAGAUCUUCAGAGAAUCAGACAGAACCGGAGACAGAUCUUUAG